AAGAGGAAGAACAGGCCGAAACCCGACGUGGGUGCGGACGCCAUCAGUGUCGAAGGCCCCGUACCGGUGGCGGAAGAGGAAGAAGUCCAACACGAAGAAGAGAACGAAGAUAAGUGCCACCGGGACUCGGAUGAGGAGAAGGACGAUGCCCGCGAAGCGAGAGACGGAGAUGACGCCGGUGACGGCGCGGAGGAGACGGCUCCCUCCGCCAAGAAGAAGAAAAAGGGAUUUGGGAUCUUGACUUCCGAGCCCUUCUCUCGGCUCCCCCUCUCCGAUCUCACCAUGAAGGCCAUCCAAGAGAUGGGGUUUGAGAACAUGACGCAGAUUCAAGCUAGAGCGAUACCACCUCUGUUGGCAGGGAAAGAGGUGAUGGGUGCUGCCAGGACAGGUUCUGGAAAGACUCUUGCUUUCUUGAUACCUGCAGUCGAGUUGCUGCAUAAUAUCCAUUUUAUGCCUCGGAACGGCACUGGGGUCAUCAUUAUCUGUCCAACAAGGGAGCUUGCCAUUCAAACACAUGCUGUGGCGAAGGAUCUUUUGAAGUACCAUUCACAGACUCUUGGUUUGGUUAUUGGUGGUGCUGGACGAAAAGGAGAAGCUGAGCAUCUUGCUAAGGGGGUAAAUUUAUUGGUGGCUACACCUGGAAGGCUUUUGGACCAUCUCAAAAACACCAAAGGAUUCAUUUACAAAAAUCUGAUGUUUCUUAUAAUUGAUGAAGCUGAUCGAAUUUUGGAGGCUAACUUUGAGGAAGAUAUGAAGCAAAUAUUUAAGUGUUUGCCAAAGGCAAGGCAAACUGCCCUUUUUACUGCCACCCAAACCAAGCAGGUUGAGGAAUUUGCUUGUUUGUCAUUUAAGGAAAAGCCAAUAUAUGUUGGAGUUGAUGAUGGGAGGUCAAAGGUCACUGUUGAAGGGUUGCAGCAAGGAUAUUGUGUAGUUCCAAGUAACAAAAGGUUUCUGGUCUUGUAUGCUUUUCUGAAGAGAAACCUUUCGAAAAAGAUAAUGGUCUUCUUUUCUUCCUGCAACUCAGUCAAGUACCAUUCAGAACUUCUCAGAUAUAUUCAAAUUGAUUGUUUUGAUAUCCAUGGAAAGCAAAAGCAGCAGAAACGCACAGCCACUUUUUUUGACUUCUGCAAGGCACAAAAGGGUAUACUACUCUGCACUGAUGUAGCUGCUCGGGGACUUGAUAUUCCUGCGGUGGAUUGGAUUGUGCAAUAUGAUCCUCCUGACGAACCAAAGGAGUACAUUCACAGGGUUGGCCGGACAGCCCGUGGGGAGGGCAGCGAAGGCAAUGCUUUGCUUUUCCUAUUGCCUGAAGAGGUGCAAUUCCUCCUCUAUUUGAAGGAAGCAAAGGUACCUGUCAAGGAAUACGAGUUUAAUGAAAAGAAAGUGCCAAAUUUGCAAUCUCACCUGGAGAAAAUAGUGGGAGAAAACUACUUUCUAAGCCAGUCAGCUAAAGAUGCAUACAAAUCCUAUAUUUUAGCCUACAAUUCACAUUCUAUGAAGAAUGUCUUUAAUGUGCACCACCUCAAUCUCAAGGAUGUGGCUACUUCUCUUUGCUUUGUCUCACCCCCAAAGGUGAAUUUAGAUCUGGAAAGCAGUGCAUCCAAGUUCAGGAAGAAGACGCACAAAAUUGAUGGCGGCCACCACGGCAUCAGUGCAAGCAACCCCUAUGGGAGACAGAAGGCUGAUGAUCAAAGACAGUUUGCACGAUACUAAAGCUGGCUGUGGGAAGAUGAAGAGUUUCUGGCAUCCCACAAGCUGGAGUUGUACAAGUAGGCUCCAUCGAAGAUAACUUAAAGCUAAUAGAUUCAUUCUUGUGUAGUUUUGCAUGCUACUACUGCCAAGGUUUGGUUUUUGAGAAGCAUCAUAGUUUGGUGUAAUGUUCGGGGUGCUGCAUCUAUUUGCAGUGGCGGACUAACAAUUGUAGUUCAAGUGAGAAUCCAAUGUUUUCUCAGUUGCAUUAUUUUUGACAAGUGUAAGCAAUUUUAAGA